GUAUCAUUACAUACCUAAGUAUCAAUGGAAGUGAUUUUACAUGGUUACUGCCCCGGAGCCUGUCUCCCGCCGCAACACUCUAGAGUACAAGAUUGGAUACUUACGGAGUACACACUCUCCGCACAUCCACGAUCUCUUCCCAUACGCGUGCACGCGACGUGAUGUCUCACUGAACAAGCCACUUCUAGCGUUCUUAAAUUCCUUCUUAUGAUUUUAUACAGCUCCCUUGACGGUGAACAGUGCCAGCCAAUAUCCGGCUAGUACUGGCAGACUCAUUAGUCACCCAUCAUUGAAUCAGACUGUUUCUUUUUGACGAUUCGUCAGGCCAUCGGGCGCAAUGUCCACACUUGAAGCAGCUCCUGCUGGCAUCUUAUAUGUACAGAAGUUGGGAUUUGCGAAACCAGGUCCUAAAUAUGCCAGGGAGGACAGUGCUGCAACCGACAGUGACAACUCACUAGGCCAGGCGAUGGAAGAGAGCGAGUAUGAAGAGGAUGAGCCCCGGGACGAUGAGGAUGUUGAUGAUUCUGUGAAAGAAGAUAUGAAAAAACUUGAAGAUACAUUUCCUGGCAUUUCUAUUCGUUUUCGGCUGGUCAACAGAAUUGGAGAAGGGACCUUCUCUACUGUUUACAAAGCAGAAGAUAUUUUGUACGAUCAAUACAAAAACGACUGGGAUACGUUUCAGAGUACCCUGGUAGACAACUGGGCAAACCCUCCGGCCAAGAGACGCCGAGUAGAGGGCGAAACCGGCCGCUCAAUCUCCAUUAAACGACGAAAGCCAAGAUACGUCGCGCUAAAGAAGAUCUACGUGACAAGUAGUCCCCAUCGCAUCCAAAAUGAACUUGAAUUACUGCAUGAUCUUCGUGGCUGUCGAUCAGUUUGCCCGUUAAUCACAGCUUUCCGCUAUCAGGACCAGGUCGUGGCCGUUCUGCCUUUCUUCCCCCAUACAGACUUUCGCAUUCAAUACCGGACCUUCAUGGUUGCUGAUAUGCGACAUUAUUUUCGGUCUUUGUUUACUGCACUGCACUCGGUUCAUAAGCAUAACAUCCUCCACCGGGAUAUAAAACCUACUAAUUUUCUCUAUAACCCUGAUCUUCGAGAGGGCGUAUUAGUCGACUUUGGUCUUGCAGAGCGAGAGGGAUCUGAAUACACGGGUACCUGUCUGUGUGCCAAUCCAAGUUACAUACGGCGGAGUAAAUUUCUACAGAGCUACCAUUACUCACAAUGUUCAACAACAGCGUCAACCGGAUAUCCUAAGACGGAUUCACGGCCAUCAAGGCGCGCUAACAGAGCAGGGACAAGAGGGUUUCGUGCACCCGAGGUCCUUUUUAAGUGCACCUCCCAGACUACAAAGAUAGAUAUGUGGUCUGCCGGUGUUAUUCUUCUGACUUUGCUUGGGCGCCGAUUUCCGUUCUUCAACUCGGCUGAUGAUGUUGAUGCUAUGAUUGAAAUGGCAAGCAUCUUCGGCACGCGACGUAUGAAAAUCGCAGCGGCUAUGCAUGGACAAGUAUUCGAAACCAACAUACCAACCAUUGGGGAAAAGGGGUACAGUUGGGAGAAGCUUGUGAAAUGGGCUAGUUGCGUGGAAGAGCUGACUGAGAGUGAGAAACAAGCUACUCGUCUCCUGGCUGGCCUCAUGGAACUGGAUCCAUAUAAACGUUUAAGUGCUAGGGAAGCCUUACAACAUGAGUUUUUCACUGACCCCAUCGACCACGAUGUGGAAUGGGGAGGGAACCCCGAAGACAGCGCAGACACAGGGGAGGAUGGAGAAGACAAGGAAGAUGAAGAAGCCGAUGAAGUAGCAAUGGUAUAGAGCCCUUGGUGUAAUUUAUGAUUAUGACGCGAUAGAACCACAAAAGGCCGGGCAUUGAUCACCCGCUAUUGACAAUAGUAAAUACCCAUCUGGUUUAUACACCUAUUGGCCGG